AUUUACUCAGUUGUUAUGAGCAAAAUUGGCAACUUCAAUGCAAUGCAGUGGCCAUUACUCAUUUUUAUAUUUUCUCUUCCAAUAAUUUGCCGGGCAGUUGUAAGUGAUAAUGAAACCGAAACGAUCCAAAACUUAUCCAACAUCAUAACACAGUCCCUGCAAAAUGCUUCUACAUAUGAACUGCCGACCAGUGCGAAUGCUCAUAGGCCAUUGGAUGAUGGAAUAACAGAUAUUGGAAAAUAUGACUUUGUCAUAAUAGGGGGAGGAACAACUGGAUGUGUUAUCGCAAGUAGAUUAUCAGAAGUUGCAGAGUGGAAUAUUCUUCUACUGGAAGCUGGAAAAUUUGGAAAUGACUUCACUGAAAUGCCAAGCAGUGUUUUCAAAACCAUUUUAUCUGAAUACAACUGGGGUUUCAAAAGUAUUCCACAAACAACAGCAUGCCUUGGUAUGGUUGAACAGAGAUGUUCUGCUGCCCAAGGAAAAGGUAUGGGAGGUUCCUCAUUAAUCAACGGAGUAAUUUAUCAACGAGGAGAUCCCCAGAUAUUUGACAACUGGGCUGAAAUCCUAAACGAUUCAAGUUGGUCUUAUGAAAAUGUACUGGAAUUGUUCAAGAAAUCCGAGAAUUUCGAUUACUCAAAUCGUUGGGCUCCUGUGAAUGAAAGCUACCAUCGUACUGGAGGAUAUCUCAACGUGGAUCACGUGAUACCACCAGAUGAAUUAACAGGGAUUUUCUUGGAUGCAAAUAAGAGAAUAGGAUAUGAUAUUCUGGAUUAUAAUGGACCCCGUCUAGAUGGUGCUUCCGUGUUCCAACUGUAUAAAAAGAAUGGUCGAAGACAGGAUACUUUUACUGCCUUCUUGAAGCCUAUUCUUCAUCGAAAAAAUCUGAAAAUUCUCACUGGAAGCUAUGUCACUAAAAUAGUAAUCGAUAAUGUAACAAAAGUAGCUGAGGGUGUCAUUUUUACGGAAGGUGGUAAACUGUAUAGAGUUUCAGCCAAAAAAGAGGUCAUACUUUCAGCUGGAGUUUACAUGAGUCCAAAAAUUCUCAUGCAAUCUGGUGUUGGCCCCAGAGAACAUUUGGUUGAUGUUGGCAUUGACGUUAUUGAAGACUUAGAGGUCGGUAGUGCUCUGAUAGAUGACGUGGCUACUCAAUCUCUUCUAUUCACCUCCAAUCUUCAAUCACCUAGCCAAAGUCAAGAAGAGCAAGUGAAGGACUAUCUUCAUGGAGUUGGUUCCCUAACGAUUACAUUUCCUUCCCAAGGUGUUGGCUUUUAUAAAUCAAAUAUAAAUAACCUCACCACUUUCAUGGACAUUGAACUGGUUGGUGUGAAAACCACGAAAUCAGGACUUGGAAUGAAAUCUAUUGGAUGGAAAAAUGAUUCAUAUUCUGCAACAUGGGGUAACAACACAAAUGCAUUACAAAUAACAAUACUAAAUGUCAAUCCUUUGUCUAGGGGUAGUGUUAGACUUGCAAGUUCUGAUCCUUACGAGUUUCCUCUGAUAGAUUUCAAUCUUCUGUCUGAUCCAGAAGCGACGGAUAUUGCUGUUAUGUAUGAGGGGUUGGAGUUAGCUCUCAAGUUAUUGAGCACGCCAGGAUACCAAAGAUUGAAUCCAACAUAUGCAGGUGUUUCUUUGCCUGGAUGCGAAAAAUAUGAAUAUUUAUCUAAAGAAUAUUGGUACUGUUUCAUCAGACAGACAAGCAUACCAUCUUAUCAUUCAAAAGGUAGUUGUCCCAUGGGAAAACAUCCAAAAGAAGGAGCAGUCGUAGAUUCUAACUUUAGAGUAUUUGGAAUCGAUAAAUUGCGGGUUGCAGACUCAAGUGUAUAUCCUACUACAAUUUCUGGUCACCCUAGUGCUGCAUGUAUAAUGUUUGGUGAAAAACUUUCUAAUAUUAUCAAGUACCCGUCUUGAAUUAUUGUUAAUGGACUCUGCUGAAAUGUGUUAUUCUUCAUGUACCAUUCUAUCGUUUAUGCUGGAAACAUCAACUCAAUAAAUUAUACAAACCCUA